ACCACGUGACGGCGCCCCGGGCCAAUGGGAGGCGCGGCUCGCGCCCCGUUCAAGAAGCGUGGCCGCGUACGCGGGAACGAGAGAGGAGACGCAGCGGAGACCCCCCCCGGGGCGAGAGGCGUAGACCGUGGAAAGAGCGCCUCUGGAACUACCCGCUGAUAAGAGUUGUCAUUUAAUUUGUGGUUCGUUUACCGUGUGUUUGUAAUACCAAGGGAGCGCGUUCACGAGGGCCAGAUUCGGUGACUGUAAAAUAGUCGUCGUCGUCGGGGGGGGAGAGUGGGAAGAGAAAAAAUCGCGAAUUUUACGAGUUGUGGCAGCAUUGGGAGUUCCAAACAAGCGGUUGUUGGGUCAAACAAAUCACAAUCGGUAAUCUCCGGGAGGGGAGGCGCGUGCUUGGGAACAAUUAACGUCUCUUAAUAACAACAGCGAGACACUACACCAAGCUGCUGCCUGUCGUCGUUACAAACAGCGGUGACGAAGAGCGGCAAUCAUUGUAAUUGUAGACAAACCAGCAAAAGCCCCCCCCCCCCACCCCGAGUAGUUACGUGAGCACGGACAGCAGCAGCAGCAACAGCAGCAGCACCCAUGGCGAAGGUUCAAGUGAAUAAUGUGGUGGUGCUCGACAACCCGUCCCCCUUCUUCAACCCCUUCCAGUUCGAGAUCACCUUCGAGUGCACCGAGGAUCUGCUCGAAGACCUAGAGUGGAAGAUUAUCUACGUGGGCUCGGCCGAGAGCGAGGAGUACGACCAGACGCUGGACUCGGUGCUCGUGGGGCCUGUCCCCGCCGGUUGCCACAUGUUCGUCUUCCAGGCGAUGGCCGCGAACCCGGAGCUGAUCCCCGACACGGACGCGGUCGGCGUCACGGUCGUGCUCAUCACGUGCACGUACCGCAACCAGGAGUUCAUCCGCAUUGGCUACUACGUCAACAACGAGUACAUCGACCCCGAGCUCAAGGAGAACCCUCCCGCCAAACCUGAUUACUCCAAGCUCCAGAGGAACGUGCUGGGCACGAGCCCCCGCGUCACACGGUUCCAGAUCAACUGGGACGACUCGCAGAAAGUGGCGGAGCGUGAGAACGUCGACCCGGCGCUGGCAUCGAACUCUGCGGCGUCCAUGACGGCGGCGACGGCCUCGCCGGGACUGUCCACGAAGGGAUUGCCAGCCUUCUCGCCGCCACCGCCGCUCGGCAUGUCGUCCUCCGCCCUUGCCCUCAACGUCCACCCCGACAACAGCAACUCCAUGGACUGCCUCUGACUUCGCGCCUCCUCUUCCAUCGUUGUCGUUUGUCGCGUUUCCGAAAUUGCCGCGGGAUUAAAAAAACUAAACAGAAAAACCGUGAAGUUGUUCCAAUGGCCACGUCGUGCGUUUCUCGCAACCGUGCUCCGGAAGGGUUUUCAGUUCCGUGGCAUGGUGUGAUGCCCCCCCCCCCCCACCAUCACCGCCUUGUUUGUGUUGUCUUUUUAUAUCGACAGGAAGCGACUUUGCUUUUCGGCUUGCCGACAUGAAACCCUUGCAGGUCAGGAGCGGACCGUCCACCACAACGCCCCCCGCCCCCCCCCCAGCUGCUAUCCCCUACUUUUUUGGUUCACUCCUUUUUACUUCUCACAGCUCCAGUGUGCGUGGUAUGAGGCAGACGGAGCGGAGAGUUUGGUUCGGGAUGUGGGUGGUUGUGUGGGUGGGAGAGAGGCGGGGGUGGGGUGACAUUGGCGAGAUGUUAACUACCUCGCGUGGUAUGCAGGAGGUCAUGGGUUCGAUCCCGAUCCUGACGCCUGCUGCUGUCCUUUUGGAGUUUUAGAUGUCUCCCCUGUGGGUCGCGUGGAUUUUUAUCCAGGUCCUACGGAUUUUCCUCCCCACAUUUAGAAUCAAUGUCACGCGUUUAGAGUAUUUGGCUGUUCGUACAUUUACACACGAUGAUAAGCCACUUCGUUGAGUUACCAUUUGUAAUUGCCAGGUCCCUUCUGAAAAAAGAGCUACAUAGCUCAGUGGGGCCUUACACCUGGUAAAAUAAAAGUAGUUUAGUUGAGGGGUUUUCAUCGAGGUAGGCCGAAGGCUUCGAUGCGCCGUGGAGGUCACUUGCCGUUGACCUCCAGUGUGGAAAGCUACGGAAAAGCCGCUGCCGUUUUUUUUUGUCGUGACAGAUUCAGAAUUUUGGAGGUGGCUGAAUAAUCCCCCCGUGGGCUCCUGCCCAUGUUGGUAUUGUCACCUUUCCCUCUACCGCUGCCUCCCCCCCUCCAAAUUAUUUCCUGGAUUUCUAAAGAAAUGAGCAAUUUCUCGUGCGCUGCAAAGCAAUCGUUUCAGCCCAGUUACAAGAUGAGAUUAAAGCACAAAACGUAAUAUACUUGUUCUAAAUUGGCGUUGUCUAGGUAUGUCACAACGUUUGCCUCCAUAUCCCCCGUACAACACCUCCCCCCCCCAAAGCCAUUGAAUGAAUUGUCACAAUUUGGCGUUUCAGUUUGAUUCAAGAAUAAUAUUUUCGUCUACCUUUGGCGCUGCCUUGUUUGUGUUCUCUUUUCCCACUCCCCUGCUACCCCUGUCUUAGCUGUGCAUUUUCCUACACUCACGUCAGGGCGCGUAUUUGCAAGAGUAUUUUGCGCAACGUUAGUUAUCAGACUCCUGUUACCAUGCACGAUUUAGAAGAAGUGUGGAGUUGUGAGAAUAUAUUUCGGUCGGUGUGUCGACCCGUUAUGAUUACGCGCCCAAGUGUUGACGCCCAUCUCCCGAGAUGACAACUGUCAGCCUUAAUACGUAUGUACGUUUAACUUCUUUCGCACCGUACGUUGGCAACCGGCGCUAAUUGGAGGUGCGGGGGAAGGUUAAACUGAACACAAAGUGGUUCUUUAAGAAAUUCGUUUUCAAUUUAGAUUAUUUUAAAGUAACUCAUGACAUGGCAGUAGCACAAUAGGGAUAUAAAUUGGGGGGAGGGGCAACGCACAUUGAACAAAUGUGAAUAAUAAUCAAACGGGAGUGAGACCACACGCUAUUACCUGCGAGUCGUGCUACACGCCAUUCACAAAUCGGUGUCGUGACGUCGUUGACGUGUUGAGAAUCACUGUGGUGGUGGUGCCUAUGUCCUGUGCAUUUGUACGUUUGUUAGGAAAGAUCAAAUUUGCAGAGCGGAAGGGGGUGCGGGGAGGGGUGUCUUUUGUUCUCGCACCUGCUCACACAGUUGAUUAAUUGUAAUAUUUAUUUUUAUGAAUGCGCUUAAGGGGAGGUGCGGCAGGAUGGAUGAUGAGGUGGAUGACAUAAUGGCCCAGAGGGGUCUUUGAGCCAAUUGACUCAACAAUUUCUUAUCUUUCCCAGCCAGGGUGGCAAAUGCUAAUAAUGAUUUUAUGAAAGCGGUGGGGUUUUUUUUUCUUCCUCGAUCACAAAUAUGUACGAUGUUGUCGAAGGGUGCCGUAGAAUGUCCGAUUUUAUAGAUUGUUUUGGGAGAACUCAUUUGAUAGGAAACGUCUACGGGGAAAAAAAAUCUUUAAUGCAUAUUAAGUGCGUGUCUAUGAAAACGGACAAUUGAUAUAACGUUAACCUUUCUGACCAUGGUAGUGGUAGUGGUGUUGAUGGAUAGCCGUCAAGUUGAAUGCUGCUAGCAUUCGCCACCUAGGCCGGUAAAGACCACAACUUCCCGCAUGCCCCCUUGGUUAGCACGGGCUAAUAGCGAAUCAGAUUAAUGUUUUGUUGGCCAUUGUUAGAAGUGGAGGUGGUGGUGUGUGUGUGUGGUUUUAUCGUUAUUGGCGGUGCGCGGUAGGCCGGAGUAAGUUGCGGAGAGAGUUCGUUCCCUGGAGUUCUUUACAAAAGGGUUGUGCGUGGGAUUAAAGCGGAGUUGUCACGCUUGCGCGCCAGAGCGACCAUUUUGAAGUUGUAGAGUCAAAAAUAACAAAUGCAUUUUAUACAAGUACUAUGUAUAGUUAAUAAAGUAACAUUUAUGUAUUUCUUCACACACUCUUUAUGAAAAUGUGUAAUUCGUGUUUUACAUAGCAGGUUUUUUUUAACGUAAAUUAUCAUCCCGUAAUCUUUGUUUUCGGCACAUAUGUAUGCUCGUGUGUACGUUGAACUUCUCUGGCACCGUACUUUACCAACCAUGCUAAUCAGAGGUUGCGGUGGGCGGGGGGUGUGGAAGACAAGCUAAACAACAAGCAAGGCACGUUGAACGGUUGCUCGCCGGACAAUUAACGCUGGACCCGUCAUUGGGAAAAUCGCGUACGCAAGCUUCCUUUCUACGAUCACAUAUUGCCUGACCUUGCUUUGGCCUUAAAGAUCGCCCACCCCUCCAUUACUGCCUGCUGGGGGGGGCAAUCGCCAUCUGCAAGCGCCUACGACGGCCAGCGCCUGCUACGGCACGCGAGGGGACACGUUCCGGAUACGGGGCCGACUCCCUUGUAUCCCCUGCACCCGCAAACCAACGGUUAACGGCGAAUCAACCUUGCCGGAGACGCGCCCGGGGGGGUGUUGUCGGUCUCGUGGUGCCCAUUUCGCCACUUUUUGCUACUCUCGCCAGCCAUGGCCAAGAGUCGAACCCAGUAGGCUUUGGAAGGGGGGGGGGGGGUGGCGGCGGCUGUGGCGUUGGGUCGGCAUCCUGUGUGACGCCGCUCGACGUCGGAUUACCAGCGCUAAUCGAUGCGCACGCACGCGCGAACGAAGUUAUCCCAAAGCUGGCCAGCUAUCAAGAUGUCACUGCAAGCUUGUAGGUCACCCUGUGGUGGUGGUGGCGGUGGCUUGCUGCUGCUUACCACCACGUGGCUUCCGCUCGGCCCUCCGAUGAGACGAGACCUUCACGGGGGAUUAAUUAAGAAUUGAGGCUAAGCGUGGUUUAAGGCUGAACAUCCUCCCGUGGUUACCGUAUGGGACGGGGUAUCAUCCACGGUUCGAGACGCAGCCAUUUGACAGCGCCGUAAUGAUUUUAGAAAUGUCGCCCGCGUUCCUUUGCGCAGGACCCCUUGUCACGAAGGAUGCCCAUCGCCCUUGCGGGCGUCGGAAAAAGUCGCUUUUGUCACCAGAUUUUGCGCGCCAAGUGUUUCACCCCCCCUAUGUAAAGAAUGCCGUCACAGUUUAAUAACGUGUUCGUAUUGCGUGCGGUAACGCCUUGAAUUUUUUUUUUGGAUUUGGUUGUACUUUUUUUAGGUUGUGCAUGGUGGGGCGGGUAGGGGGGGUUGUUUGGAUUUGUUUUAAGUUUUUUUGUUUGCUUCCCCAUGUUUGUGCACACGUGUGUGCUACAAUGCUUUGUGUUACCCCCUGGGUCUCUGUUGCACAAGGGAUGAUUCUAAAUGGGCUGUCGUGUAAAAAAAACUAAACAUCUGUCAUACUGUACAUACGCCCUCCCCCCCCCCAAAUUGUUUCUACUUAGCACUGUCAAAGGUUCUGCAAUAAAAAAUAAUAAUAAAGCACUGCAAAGUUAA